GUAAAUACAAUGCGGGCAUGUAGUAAUGAAUCUAGUUCUCUUUUCAAGCUUUUUACUCAAACUGGAAUACUGGAUGUGAUGAUGAACCAUUGCUGGAACAUAUCGAUGAAAAGUUAAAACAAACAAUGACAACGUUGAACAAGAUGAUAAUAACGAUACAGAUGAUGACGAUGAUGAUGAAUUAAAUUCAAUGGAUACCACCGCGUAAUCUAAUUCUUACACGUAUCAAGAAUACAAAGAUCAAACGUUUUGCGGCGACACUGCAGGAGGUGCGUGCAAGGGGGGGGGUUACUCUGGUCAGUAAGUCGGCAAAUUUUAUCUUUAGUCAUCAAAAUUUGGGAUCAGAAAGGGCUUUUACAUCUCACCGCCGAGAGUACGUGAGUUUAUAUAAAUCUAACAAGAUGGGCUGGUUUUGGGGUCUUACUGAUAUUAAUCACUGAUAAAUACUCACUGAUAUUACUCACUGUCUUCCGUCAGCAUAUAAUAGAUUAUUACUAUGCAUUACUAAUGCAAUCUCGAUUGUGAUUGGCCAAAAAUUAACCUACAGAUAUAAUUCUCAAUGUCUUGCCACCUACGCGACAUUGAAAAUAAUCCGUAGGUGACGUAAUUUUUUGCCGCUAGUUUGUUGUCAAUAUUCUGCAUUUUUACAAAUUGCAGGAAAUACAUAAUAAAACAAUUAUUGAAUUCGGUUUUCGCAUCAGUGAUAUCAACACUCAACCUCAUCCAAUAAUUGUUAAUUAUACAGUAAACAUCCGCAUCUUCCUUCAGCAGUUUAAAUCCAUGGUAUUCUACAAAUACGCCUACAAUUACAAGCUAGGCUACAUACAAAACUGUCAUUACUCGUCCGACUAUCUUCAUCGCGUCAUUUGGUUUGUAUAUAUACCAAGGUUUUUUUUAGAUAUAUGAAUGAUGAACGCUCUUUUGAAAAUUGUUUUUUGCCUCGGUAUUCUUGGCCUGUCAGCGUCUGCGAAAUCAUUUAAAGAUUGCUGCCAAUCCUUUUUGGAUGAACUGAAAAAGAAAUCAGAAGCGGCUGUGUUACUCUGUUCGUUGAACAAUCAAUCUUUUGUACCUUUACCAUUUGGAAAGCAUUGCAAUUGUAAAACGCUAAAAACUGAGUUGCAAGAAAGAUGGGACGGUUUUUACAAACUUUGCCGACCAAUGGCUAAGCGGAAACAGCAAUGUUCCAAUGCAAAGUCGAUUAUAAUCACAAAACGCAGCACAGUUGACUACGCAAUAAGCCAGGGAGCUCCCCAGAUGAAGGAAGUCACAACGUGUUUCUGGGUAAAGACCAAGCAAGUGACAGGAUAUCCACAUUACAUUUCCUACGCAGUCCCAUUAGCAAUAAACCAGAUAAUUAUUGAGGGCAUGGAAAAUCUCAGACUCCUCAUUGUGCAUUAUGGAUCAGAUCCAACCAAAGUUUCCUCAAGCUCACACAAUAUCAAGAUUAACGACGGACGCUGGCAUCACAUUUGUAUGACUUGGCAAUCAAAAGAUGGCGGAUAUUCGUUUUUCAAGGAUGGAAGGAAAGUUGGCAGUGGCACAAUCUCUGGCAGUGUUGGAAAGCCAAUUCCAGGCCAAGGCACAUGGGUGCUGGGUCAAGACCAAGACAGCGUUGGAGGUGGGUUCAAUGCUAAUCAAUCAGCCACUGGAGAAUUUACCGGAGUCAAUAUUUGGGAUAAAGUUUUGUCUUCUUUCGAGAUUUUGAAAAUGUCCAUAAAUUGCAAUGCCGGUGGACCCGCUGGUAAUGUAAAGAACUGGGCUGAUUUUCUAUCUGGAAUCAAAGGAAAUGCCAAGAUUGGAAAAGCAACUUGCUGUCAUUGAUAUUCUGAUGCUUAAUUGAAAUCCCUUAUAAUCGUUCUUAGUGAUACUGUCAGUAUUUUAAUGUCAUAUAUAUAAUCUUGUGUAACUAAGCAUGCAGCUGGACUUGAUCCAAUCUGCAUAUAAUGCUCGUUAAUUAUUAUGUACAGCCAACUGUAUGGAAGGCCCAUUUGAUUUGUCCAU